AAUAUAUCUCAACUUUUUAUUCUCAACAUCUGUGAACUUAACGUCCCUUUCAGCCCUGAGCAAAACACGAGCCAUGGGGAAGGAGACGGAGGCCACGUGCACCAUCCGCACCAGGAAGUUCCUCACCAACAGGCUUCUGAACAGGAAGCAAAUGGUGGUGGACGUCCUGCACCCAAACCGCGCCACUGUGCCCAAGACUGAGAUCAGGGAGAAGCUGGCCAAGAUGUACAAGACCACCGGGGAUGUUGUCUUCUGCUUCGGGUUCCGCACACAGUUUGGCGGCGGCAAGAGCACAGGCUUUGCGUUGGUGUACGACACUCUCGACUAUGCCAAGAAGAUCGAGCCCAAGUACCGUCUUGUUAGGCAAGGACUCCUGGAGGUGAAGAAGACCGCCAGGAAGCAGAGGAAGGAACGUAAGAACAGGAUGAAGAAGGCACGAGGCACGGCAAAGGCGAAGAUGGCCGCCGCCACUAAAAAGAAGUAAAUGGAGCAAAGUGGAGAAUAAACCUAGAAGUAAAAAAAGA